AUGUGGGGCUUUUUCCAGAUGAUCAACCACGGAAUCCCGGACGAUGUGAUGGAUGGCAUGCUGGAAGCUGUCAAGCAGUUCCACGAGCAGCCUGAGGGCGUGAAGAGAGAGUGGUACUCAGGAGAUGAUGCAAAGAAAUUUAGAGAGCCGGUUUUCGAGUAUGAAAGACACAUUGAAAAAUUGAAGAUAUCUCUGUCUGAACUGCUAUCCGAGGCAUUAUGGCUUGAUUCAGACUAUCUUGGUGACAUUGAAUGGAUGGAAUCCAAGAGAAUAGCAGGCAAUUACUACCCAAUUUGUCCUGAGCCAGAGCUAACUAUAGGCACAACCAAUCGCUCAGAUGCCUCAUUUCUCACUCCUCGUCCAAAAUCACCAUGGUGGCCUCCAAGUCCGCCACCAAAACCACUUGUUAGCAACGACAAGUUCAAGAGCGUGGAGCACCGGGUCCUUGCCAGGAAGGCCGGGCCGUGGGUGUCAGCCGCAUGCUUCCUUGUACCAGGAGAGAUGCAGAAGUCGAAGCCGGAUGGGCCAAUAAAGGAGCUUCUCGAUGAGAACAAUCCACCCAUGUACAGAGAGACCACUUUCACAGACUACCUUAAGUAUUACUUCUCCAGUGGCAAUGGCGAGAAUGGUGAAUCUGUACUUCCUCAUUUCAGAAUAAGCGAGUCCAAGUAG